GGAAAGGGGAAGGAAGAGGAGAGAUAUGAAAGGAGGAAAAUAGAGAGGAGGAAGGACAUUCUCCUACCCUGCUGCUUUCACUCUAACUCACCCCCCUCUCUUUCCAUUCUCACAUUGGUGCAUUCUGCCCGUAUGCAUCGAUCACGACACACACGUUCACAGAGGCAACUCCGCCUCCUCUGCAGUGUAGAGACAGCUAGCAAGGGAAGCAAUGGAGGAGCCAGCAGUGCAGCAGGAAAAAAUAGAGGGAUCAUGGGAAGGAGGACAUGAUGGAGGGAAGGCAGACUGGAAGAAUGAGUGCUCCCUCUCCUCCCUCCUUAAACACUCUUGUCUUCUCUGCUGGUCCUCUCCCAGGGACACUGACGUCGUUGAAACGGAUGAAGGAGUCCUUGCCAAGACGGCCGAGAUCAGAGUAAGAAGACCGCAACACCUAGCACUGGAGCUGGAGAACGCAGUGGCUGUGGAGAACUUAGAGCUUCAAGAGCAGCAGUCAGACCGCAAGGAGCUGGAGGAGAUGCUAGUUAAACUAGAAAGCCACAAAGAGAACCUGGUACAACAGAUAAAGGCAACUAGACAGCUCUGCUAUGAAGAAAGUCAACAGAUCCUGUCUCUACAGGCAGAGGAGGGGCAGAAGGAGAGCCAGGUGGAGGAGUAUGAGAGGGAACUUGCCAGAGCCAGGUGGAGGCUGAAGAGGCUCAGAGAAGAGGUGAAACAGGCCAAGAGGAAAGUGGAAGAGGCUGGAGAGAGGAACACCCCUCUGCAAGACUCCAUCAGACAGUCCUAUGAAGAGAUCCUGCAGGAGGAGCACACACUGUGUUCUCUGUCAGGAAGUGCAGUCACUCCAGAAAGUCAGUUAGAGGAGUCAACCUCUCCAGCAGACACCACCGAAGAUGAUCCACUCCCUCUGAGGCCAUGGGGAAGGAGCCAAUCACUGCCCGCCUAUGCUGACCUGAUAAUGGGGGCCAGCGGUUCAUCUUUCUGCAAUAAUCUGGCAGAUACCAGAGAAGAAGCAGACGACAGUGGGACCAGUUCUCCGAAGAUGGGCAGAUCUGACAUAGAGGAUUAUCCAGAGGAAGGGGAGAUCAACAGUGAAGGUGGAAGGGAGAGAGAGAAGGAAGAGUGCAUUAUCAACCCAAACCCCCUCACCAAGCUUGACUUCUACCAAGCCAACCCCUUUGCCAGCUGUCAGAGUGACUAUGACCUUUUCGAUGAAGACCUGUUCCCUAAAACUGACACAUCUGAUGGAUAUGCUUCAGACCCUUUCAAAGGCAGCGACCCCUUUGCAGCAGAUAUGUUGUUUCCAGAGACAAAUAUUUGCACUGAAGAGGCAGGAAAUGCUGGUGAUGAGGCAGACACUAGUCUGUCCCUUGCUGACAACAAAGCCUCCACAGGAACUCAGUGCUUUGAGUCGGAAUUCCCAGAUGAAGACAGCGACAUAGAGAUCAGCUACAGCAGAGAAGACCUGGACACCAUCGCUGCUGUCGAUGAUUCUCGUGGAUUCAAACCCAUUCAGAGCUCGUCAGAGGAGCUGGGGCCAGAGCCUAUCCAGGGCUGGAGGUCCCAGGGUCAGUAUUCUGUAGAAUCAGACCCUAAUGGGUACGAGCUGGACCUUGGUGCUAUCUCCCCUCCCUCUGACAUAGAAGAACACAGUCUGAGAUCUUUAGCUGGAGAGGCCACCAUUGAAGCACCAACCGGACUGGAAAAAGGUCUUAAUUCUGGUUCAGCUCAGACAGUCCCUGAGCAAGUCAUGUUGGAACCUGAUUGGACAGGUGUAAAAGAGCAAUCUCUGUCCUGUGAUGUUACCUCCAGUCAGGGGGAAGAAUGGUUAAGCAACAUGGAGGAGGAAACCAAUCACCUUGCAACUCCCCAAAACUCACUUGAGUCCCAGAACCUCUUUAUCCAGCCCGAAGCAGAACAAAACAGAGAGCUGAGCUUUGAGGUGAGCUAUGAACCUACCAGUCAGUCUUCCUUUGACCCAUAUGGGUUUAAACUCAGUCCAGAGCAUUCGAGUCAAACACUCUUAGACCCUGAUGAAGCCGAAUUGAGCCCAGAACCUACUGAAAAUCAUCUGACCUUUGACUCUGAGCCCCCCUCUUCUAACCCAGACCAACUGAACUAUGAUCCUUAUGGAUUUGACAUCACUUCCUCCCAGAUGGUACGGGACUGCGACCCUUAUGGCUUUAAGCUUAGCCCUGACGAAGAAAACCAGGAGGUACUGGACCUCUGUGGCUAUGAUAACCUGGAGGUAAUGGACCUUUGCGCUUUUGACAACAAUGAGCAAGUACAACCCUCUAAUUCUAGCAACCAGGAAGUUUUGGAACCUCACACCCAUGAAAAUCAAGAAGUGCUUGAUCAUUGUGGCCACAGUAACCAAGAUCUGCUGGAUGUGAGUAACAAUGGAAACCAAGAAGUGUUGGAACCUUCUUGCCUUGACAACAGGGAGUUAGUUAGCAAUGAAAACCGAAAACAGGAACUCCUGGAUCUUUUUGGUCAUGACAACCAGGAGGUGGUGGAACCCUAUGGCAAUACGAACAAUGAGGACUUACUUGAAGCUUGUAACUAUGGUAACAAAGAAAUCCUUGAAUCAUGUAGCCAUGGCAAUCAAGAAUUGCUGGAUUUCUCUCAUCUGGAGAAUAAACAAGUGCUGGAUUUCGACAGCCUUGGCAACCAAGAACUAUUUGAAUUUGGUAGUAGAGUAAAUCAGGAAGUGCUAGUUUCUGGUAGCCACAACAACCAGGAACUCCUGCAGCUCAGUAGCAAUGAAAAACAGGAAUUGCUAGACUUAGGUAGCCAUGACAACCACAAGAUGUUGGACUUACUAAGUAAGGAAGUCUUCUCUGAAGCAAACAAUAACCAGUGUACUGUGGAACCAGAGCUCAGUGUCAGUCUCACCAAUAAUAGCUCAGAUAGUGAUGCGGCAACAGAAGACCUGCUUGAACUGGAACUCAUUAACACCUUUGUCUCCAACACCAGUAAGACCAAUACUCCUGACACACUCAACAUGUCUGCCAACCAGGACCUGGCUCCAGGCAAUGCCCCCAUCAGACACAACAUGUUAGAAGGUGAUUUGGGUUCAGUGUUUGGAGCUGGAGGAUAUAUUGGUUGUCCUGAUGUAGCUGAUGACCUGGAGCCCCUGAACAGGCAGACAAGCCCAGUAGUGGAGCCAGUGCGACAAGUCAGACCUGUUAGGCCUCCUCGGCCCUCACUCAAGGCCAAAGAGAAGGCUCAGUCCCAGACUAAGGGCUUUGACCUGAAGUGAUCUCUCACCAGCCAACACUUGUGUGGGGGUUACCAUGUCAUCAGGGUUCCCAUGAAAACAAUGGCAACACAAGAAACAGGAGGAUGAAGAGAAAAGUAAGAGGAAACGUCAAAGAAAUGGAGACAAAGGAAGAUGACAGGAGGGAGAGAUCAUUCUUAUCUAUGCCUAUAAUUCUAAUUUCAGAUGAUUAAAGUUUGAAGUUUCCGCCGAAAAUAUUAAAGUCCAAAAGGGAAAGAUGUGCGAUUGGUACCAUUGAUUUUUUGAUUUCUUUAUUGAUUACUACUAAGGAAACCUGAUUGGCCCUUGGCGUCAUUUUUAUUUAGAGCAGUUUAUGGAAGUCAGGGCUGGAAACACCCACAUGAAAUGUAACAAUAUUCUUUUAGUCUUUUUUUUAGAGAAAUGAUUCCCUCAUGUUUUACACCAGGUAAUGCUUGUUGAUCAACCAUAAGGUUGAUGUCAUCUGUUAUUUAUUCAGAUUAUAAAACACACCUGUCUCCUCUGAGUCUCAUGAGUGUUCCACCCUUUCCCAAAUGUUUUGAGGGCCAACUGUACACAGUGAAAAUUGUCUCCCUUAUUCUAAUUUGAGCUUCAUGUUGGAAUGUGUAAGUGGACUUUGUCAGAUAGAUAACAUGUAUAUAAAUUAUAUACUCUGCUAUUGUGGUUUUGAGAUUAUCUAGUCAAGUAGUUUUAGGUAUAAAUUGGAUUCAAGUUGUAGCAAGAGUUUGGUUACAUCGUAUGAGUGCAUAUCCAUACCAUCCCCAUGGUAACAUCACUAACAGGACCACGCAUCCAACUUAUGAAUAUUAAAGUUUAUGGAGUAUAAUGCAUCUUGCAAUGAUAAAGAAAGUGGGAGGAUAGAGGGAUGAAGGAACGAGGGGUCGAAGGGAUGAAUGGAUGAGGGUUCGAAGGAAUCAGUGGUCAAAGGGACGAAGGAGUGAGAGGUCGUCAUGACCGAGGAGUGAGAGUUUGUCGUGACCGAGGAGUGAGAGGUUGUCUGGACCAAGGAUUGAGAGGUUGUAGGGCAGAAGGAAUGAUCAAUUGUAGGGCCGGAGUAAUGAGCUGACGUAGGGACGAAAGAUGAAAAUGGAGGGCCGAGUCGAGGAUCAGAGAUGUGUAGUCAGCCAGCUCUGACCUGCGGUCGAGGGAGGCGGAACAUGUGAUGUCCAUGUAUGGUGAUAAAAGGGAAGGCAAAUUCAACUGUGGUGGGCUCCUUUGAGUGUGAAGUAUGUGUCGCUUAGCUCGCUUGAGUUUGAUGGGGCCAAAAAUCAUUUGCGAUGAGAGGCUGGAUCCACGCUGCAGUGCUUUAUCAUCUAUUUUACGAUCGUUAUUUAUGAAAUGAACAUCAUGAUGUGACGAACAAGACUUGGAACUGCGAUUGAGACCCUGAACGCUUCUGGUAAAUGUUUACUGAUGUGGUAAAUCGAGAGAGAAAUAGAGUCAUUUACAUUCGUUUAUUUAUGUAAAAUAUGUGGUCUAUAUCGAGGUCAGUAUGGUAACUGGCGAGGAUCUGUUGCCUUGGUGAGGGUGGCAUUAUGUUAGAAGGUCGGACUGACUUGACGUGUAAAUAUGUGGUUUCGUCGGUAAACCUGACUCGAGGUUAGGCUCAAUUAUGGUUAGGGAAUCCUUAACACCCGACGCGAAAGGUUAAUUAUUGAGGAUAAGUUUGUGGUCGGUGGGGUACGGUAAGUGCGUUGCACAUCUGUCGCUACUUGUGUAAGAAUGAGUCAGAGGGGAAGGAAACGGAACGGGUGAGCUUAUGUACUUUCUGAGUGGAAAUGAGAUGUAUUUGAGGCGUGGUCCUGUUCCGAAACCUAGUUAUAAAACUUUAUUUGCCCAGUGUUUUCAGACAUCAGUUACAUUAAGGUACUCCUUAGAGAAUACUUUGAUUGCAUGGUUUUUCAGUUGAUCUUUUUUCUGACCUAACCCUGGAGUUUUUGCACCAAUAUCAGUUUUUUCUUCAUAAACUGACAGCUGUAUAAAGACUAGAAUGCUACAUUGUAGGGGAACAUUGUCCAUCAACAGCACUCUAGAAAUACAUUUUUGGAAAAAUUAGAGCAAAACAGAAGAAAUUCACUUUAGAAAGUGUGACCAGUUAACACAUUGAAAAUAUUGUGAUAAUUAGUCAUAACUGUCAUCACUAUAGCUAAUUCAUUCAAUUGGUUUAGCUUAUUAUCCAUAUAAUGUAUUAAAACGUAGAUAUGCAUACAGUAUAUAUUUUUUUAGACAAAAGACAGUGCCUCUGUAACAGACCACUGACAAAUUGAUUUUAAACGGUAAAAUGUUUCUUUAACAACCACAUUCAUAUAUGUUUGUUUAUUUUAAAAAGUUUUUUUUCAAAUUCAUUCACUUCCCAAUAUCAACAACGCUCUCAAAAAUUCAUUCUACUGAUGGAACUAUAUAAAUAAUUAAAGGAAAUCAUUCAAGAGUUUGGAAUGAAACAUUACAUUGACGUUCGAUUACUUUAUUUUUUUGACGUUUAUAUUUAUGAUAAAUUUUUCUUUGUAUAUUGCAUUGUGGGAAUUACACUAACACUACACACAGAUAAUUUACAGCUCUGGGUUGGAUGAAGAGAGUAGUUAGUUCUGCUGUAACAAAUACUGUGUAACCACACAAUUUUCUCCAAAGGUCUGAUGAAUUAAAACAUUAUAUUUAAUGUACAAUGUAACCAAUUCAUUAAGAAGUUCAUUAAAACAAUGAAACAAACAUCUGUAAAAUCAUCCCAAUGUCAAAUGAAGAAUGUGAAUGUAGAGAAUGAAGAGAAAUGUUAGUGUUUUAGAGUUAGGGCGUCUGUGAUGAAUAUACAGUUUAUCAGUCUACUUUCACACUGGGACAGACUUGGCAGGCACUGAAGGUACCUUUCAGUUAAUAUUAAGUUUCAGUUCAUGCCUACCUCAUUACCACUUUGCCAUGACUGCAUGACAACACUGUGAACCCUGCAAAAGCCGAAAUUCUUUUAUUUUGACAUUUUGUGAAGACAUUAAAAAGUGAGAGCUCACAGGUGUGACAUGAUUUCUAGACAGGUUUGUAUCUGUCAAGGAUUCCCUGAAGGUCAGUUACUGCUGUCCUCUGUUGUUUGAAUAUGAGCUGCAAAUAAUUAUUUUUAUCAAGAAGAACAACUUAUAUACAUGUGACAUAAGAAUAUGUCAAAGUGAGCCAGUUUUCAGUGUUGUUUUUAUUUCAUAGUCAUGGACUUUGUAACUGGACUGGAUGCAUUUAGUCAUUCAUAGAAUACAUUAAAUGUACAGGUUGUAUACUUUGAUUUAACUAUGGGUGAUGUGGAUGAAUCCUCUAUUACAAUACAUGUAAUUUCAUGUCAAUAUAUAUAUAUAUAUAUAUAUAUAUAUAUAUAUAUAUAUAUAUAUAUACACACACACACACAUAUAUAUAUUUAUAUACCAACAUUUCAUUGUCAAUCCAUUGAGAAAUAAUAAAAUAGAUAAAAUAAACAGUUAAUGCAUUAACACAACUCCUUAAAGCAAAAAACAUAAAAUUUAGAUUUUUGUUAUUGCUUUGACUAAAGUCACUCACAGCACAGUAAUGGUGUAAUAUUAUAGAAAUAUAGUAAUAGCAUUCUUGUAUACAAUAAUGGUACUGGUAAAUACUGUCUACAGAGACACUGGUCUAUCCUUUCAAAACAUUUGUGCUUCCAUUUCAAACCACCUGAACAUGAAUGGAGCUUUGUUCUUAGAAAUGUCUGUCAACAUGCGUUAUUCCCAUUCUCAGAUGUGUCCGUCUCACAGACUGUAUAUAAAGAUGGCUGGCUUGACAGCCUCCAAAAGUGAAGCCAAUUCAUCUGGAUCACGCUGCAUCAUCUGGCUGCAGUAUAGGUCAUAAACCCUGUCUCAUCCAUGUCAGUGGAUGGGGCAUGGACCAAACUAAAAUGUUUAAAUACACGUUAAAUACAUUCAAUCGUUUCUUUCAUUUUAAGUAGCUUAUAUCACACUGAGGUUUGUCAAAGCAUUCAUUUUUCUGAUAAAUUAGUUUUUAAUUACAUCCACCAAGGAGUUUAUGUUUUCAUCUGGGUUUGUUAAUCUAAUAUGUUCAAUUCAAUUUACUAUCAUUUGUAUAGCAUCGCACCAAAUCACUGCAUACAUCAUGUCAAGGCACUUUACAUAGUAAGGUUGAGAAGUUGCAAUAUUACAGAGAAAACCCAACAGUUCCCAUAAUGAGCAACUUGGUGAACAUGGAGAAAAAACUUUGUCAACCUUUUUAACAGGAAGACAUUUCUAGCAGAACUGCACUCGGUUGUUGGUUGCCAUCUGCUGCGACCGGUUGGUUAGUGAGCAGGAUUAUACAAAAAACUACUCAUCCAAUUUACAUGAAGUUUUGUGAAGGGGUGGGGCAUGACCCAAGGAAGAGCCCAUUCCAUUUUGGAGCACAUCCAGAUAAACAGGCAGAUCCAGGAUUUUUUUCCCCCACUUUCUUUAACAUGGCGAGAUAGGGCAUUAGCCUUGGCAGAAGUAAAUGGACUGUAUUUAUAUAGCGCUGUUCUAGUCAUAUAGACCACUCAAAGCGCUUUACAGGAAAGUCACGUUCAUACAGCACUGCUAUUUACUGGACAUUUUUCUGUCACAAUACUACAUAUUCAUACACUGUCGGAAGAGCCGUCAGAGGCAAUUUAGGGUUAAGUGUCUUGCCCAGGGACACAACGGCCUUGUGGACUGGCGGAAGCUAUGCUCGAACCACCAACCCGAUGUUUGGUGGAUAAACGACUCUACCUCCUGAGCCACAGCCGACACGUAUGCACUUGCUGAGCACCCUUCUAGGUUGUAUUUAUUUGAUGCUAUAAUAACAGGGUGAAACGUCAUGAUUGACAAUCACUACUGUGCAAACUCUGACAACAAAUGAAGUCAAUAGCACAAGAUGGUGACACCCGUAUUCAAGAUAUUUUAGCUUCACUUUUCUUCAACGGGAGGAAGUGGAGACAAUUCGUCCAUCUUUAUAUAUGUCUGUGGUGCAAUCAAUUUCAGAUGCAUUAAUUCAUAUUUUAAAUAUAUAUGAUGAUGACGAAAUAUCACCUAGCAAGAAAUGUUUGUUCACCUUCAGUCACAUGAUGUGUUCAGUCCAUGGCUCAUGGUUUGCCUGACUGCUCAUGCUUACUUCUUAUUCUCUUUAUCCAAACAAACCAAAAACAAUCAAAGCUAAAUCUUGUUUGACCUGGUUUUUCUAUGUUAUGACUGAGCCAUAAUUUUUUCAAAACUUGAGAGGGAUCCAAAUUAUAUUGAUUUAUCAGGAAAUAUUUGAUUUUACAAAAGAAACAGUUGCAUGACCAGAUUUGUUAUUCGUGAACAUUUCCCAGGUUUCUACCUGGAGUUUCCUCUCAAAGCUUGAGAAGAUAUACAAGUGUCCCACAUCUGAGUGAAGCAAAAUCAACCUCCCAAUUCCCAAAGCUAAAACAACCAAUUUUUUAAGUUUGCUUACUAAAAAUGUAUCACUGAACCUAGAAACAUAUAGCACAAUUAACAUCUUGUUCUGUGCACUUAAAAAUGACAAGGGGUGUAAGCAAUUUUAUUAUUUACACUGAUUGCAGUUAGUACUGACAUGUAUUUACCUUUUACUCCUUUAGAUGUAUGUCUUAAAACAUACAUUAAAACACAUACAUUGCAUGUAUUUCUUUGUGGACAUGAUCAGAAUAUUAUUGUCAGAAAAAGACAAAGAAGGUGAAAUUUCUUCUGGACCUUUUCAUUUUUUGCAGGCUGUGUGUUCUCUGUGAAACAGAUAUAUGCACUUUACAAGCCAAAGUUGAAUGAAAAGAUGUUUAGAUCCGUGAAAGACUAUUAGAUGAUUAUCCAUUUAUGUUUGAUGUUGUAUGUGUUGCUGUUGAAAUGUGAUUGUCUGUGUUGAAAUAAAACUACUCUGUAAUGUCA